GAAAUGUCACAUUAAACAAUCCCAUGAAUUUUUUUCAUAAAGAAAUUCCUUUUGCAAAAGAAUAAUGUUUCUGUUUUUUAUUUGGCAUCACAGAAAUGUAGUCUAGAUUUACUGAAGGGACCUGGACCAAUUGAUUGUCAGCAUGAUAUCACUGAAGUAAUGAUUGUGAAGGUCAUAUUUAUCUGUUGUUGAUGUCAAGGGUCAUGUGUAUAUUAGGUCCAUUUAUUCAUUUUCUGUAUUUUAUGGUACAAGUUCUGUGAUGUACAUAAGUUACUGAGCUGAAGUGCAGUUGUAUCAUUCUUUCUAUUCAAAGUAUGAAGAUUUAAUUAGAGAAAAUGAGUAAGAAGCUAAUCAAUUUGCCAGAAAACUGUGUUGAUGAGAUGUUAGAUGGCCUUGUUAGAGCUCAUCCAGGCCUUUCUUUGCAUGCUGACAAUCGAGUCAUCUUAACAAAACAGUGUGCAGAUAGUAAGAACAGAGUGGCCCUUCUAUCUGGUGGUGGAUCUGGGCAUGAACCAUUUGCUGGAGGAUUUGUUGGGGCUGGGAUGCUGAGUGCUGCUGUUGCAGGAUCAGUAUUUGCUUCACCCCCAGCUAGAAAUGUGUUGCAUGCCAUCCAGUGCAUUGCUCAAGGCAAUGAAGCUGGAACAUUGGUAUUUAUUCCUAACUACACUGGAGACUGUCUUAACUUUGGUCUUGCAGUUGAAUGGGCCAAGAGUGAAGGUUUAAAGGUUGAGAGUAUUGUACUUGGAGAAGAUUGUGCUCUCCUUAGACAAGAUAGUUCUGUUGGGCGUAGAGGGAUGUGUGGUAUGGUCUUCAUAUUCAAGAUUGCUGGAGCAAUGGCGGAGGAGGGAAAGUCUUUGACAGAUAUAGUACACACUGUUCGAAUGGUUCUGGAGGUUUUGGCAACUUUUGGUGUGAGCCUUUCAGCAUGUAGUCUACCAGGUUGUGGACCAUUGUUCAAGAUAGGAUCAGAUGAGAUGGAAGUUGGGCUUGGAGUUCAUGGAGAGGCUGGAAUAAAAAGAGUAAAGAUGUGUACAGCAGCAGAAGCUGUGAAAGUAAUUUUGGAAGCUAUUAUAGGAGUUUUAAAACUGAGACCUGGAGAUGAAGUUGUUGUGUUUAUUAACAACUUGGGUGGUACAUCGCAACUGGAACAGUGGGUGGUCACUGGAGAAGUACAUAAACAGUUUGUUGGUCUUGGCAUUGCUGUUCUGCGUAUAUAUGCUGCAUGUAUUAUGACCUCGUUAGAAAUGGCUGGAAUCCAGGUCUCUGCAUUAAAUAUUUCUGGGGUACACAAGGCAGAGUGGUUGAAUUAUCUGGAUGCUGAAACCAAGGCUUGUGCCUGGCCUGGAUCUCCCAUGUCCAUUCCACCAGAAAAAUCACUGUUGAAUAUUCCUCCUCCUCCCCCAAAAAAUAAUCCAGAAAAAUAUGAGCUUCAAGGUCCUGUAAUCAGUGAAGGAGGCUGUGAUAUACUAAGAAGAUGUCUUGAAGCAAUUUCAGUAGCUUUGAUUUCCAAUGAAUGUAAACUGAAUGAACUUGACAGUGUCUGUGGUGAUGGUGAUACUGGCACAACACUGCGCAGAAUGGCAGAAGGUAUUCUGCACCAGUUAAUAAGUCUGCCAGUGUCUCAUCCCAGUACCUUGCUAAAGCAACUCAGUGUCAUUGCUGAAACAACAAUGGGUGGUACAUCAGGUGCUCUGUACAGCCUCAUGUUGACAAUGGCAGGAAAGGCUUUAGAAACUGAAACUGAAGCAGUAACUGCAAAGACUUGGGCUGAAGCCUGGCUAGCUGGUACACAUGGGACACUUAACUACAGCCAGGCAAAUCUUGGUGAUAGAUCCAUGUUUGAUGCUCUUUUACCAGCUUGUAUGACAUUUGAAAGCUACAAACCUAUAACAGUAAAAGAAGUACUCAUAGCCUUGGAAGCUGCUGUAAUGUCUGCAGAAGAAGGAUGUCAAAAGACACGCCACAUGAAGGCCAGAGUUGGAAGAGCAACAUAUGUGGAUGCCUCUUAUGUCACUGAUGUGGAUGCUGGAGCUUAUGGAGUGACAGUUUGGCUAAAGGCACUUUCAAGUGAACUAAAAAUUGUUCCUAAUGAAAUCAGAUAAGAGGAUCAAUCUGUGUAAAAUAUUUCGCAACUUGUACUUAUUGUUAUUAUACUAUUAUUCUUAUCCCAGAGGCUUUCACAGACAAGAGUCUAAUGUGUAACUUUAGCUUUCAGGAAGUAUCUAGUUUGAAUUAUGCAUAAGAACAGGUGAUGAAAGAUUCUUGGGUUACAAGCCGCAUCACGUGGCUGAACGGUGAGUAAACCAUAUCUUCUGCCAACGUUUCGAGAACAAUCUCUGCUCUCAUCCUCAGGGCCGCUGGUUAACAAAUCUGAUACUUUGUUGCAUGCUCACUGAUGGGAAACUGAGUUUCCCAUAAGCAGCCCUGAGGAUGAGAGCAGAGAUUGUUAUCCAAACAUUGGCAGAAGAUAUGGGUUAUUCACCGUUCAGCCACCUGACGCGGCUUGUAACGCGAGAAUCUUUCAUCAUUUAUUUCAUGAUUUAUCUCAUGCCUGAAGAAGAAUGCUGGGAGAUUUUCUUCUGGCAUCAUUUCCAUUAUAUAUGAGUUGAUGAACUGUAUAUGUAUUAUACUUAAAGUACAGUCCCUGAUUGCCAUUUAAAUUAAUGUUGUCAACAGAAGAAGCUACAUGGUAGGUACAUAUAUGUAAAGCAAGUUUUGUAUUUAUAUUUAAAAUUCUGAGGUUUAUGUAUAUUAAUUUGUAAAAUUAUUUUUCAUAC